AUGCCCGGUGCACAGCCGCGGGUGGACCCCUGGCUGGAGUCCCCCUUCGGGCUGAGUGACUGCCCUCGGGGCUCCCCCGAGCUCAGCAGUCCUGCUGCUGGGGCCUCCCCGUCAUCCCUGCGAGAGCACAAGCGUCGGACCUGUGACUCUGAGCACACGGGACCCGGGACCACAGCACCAGGAGGGGCGGCUUCGCGGCUGCUGCAGCUCUGCGUGUGGUCAGGCUCCCGCUGGACGCUGGGGUUCGACACCACACAUGUGGACCAGACGCCACCGAAGGAUCUGGAAAGAGGCCACGAGGGAUCAUACUGUGACGACGGGGCCGAUGGCGCCCCAUGUUCCUAUUGCAGAUAUGAUGGGCGCGGUCACCUGCAUGACCUUUCUGAGUACGACGCCGAGUAUUCCACCUGGAACAGAGAUUACCAGCUCUCCGAAGAGGAGGCGCGAGUAGAGGCCCUGUGUGAUGAAGAGAGGUAUUUAGCCUUGCAUACGGACUUGCUUGAGGAGGAGGCGAGGCAAGAGGAGGAAUAUAAGCGCCUGAGUGAAGCCCUAGCAGAGGACGGGAGCUACAAUGCAGUGGGAUUCACAUACGGAAGCGACUACUAUGACCCGUCAGAGCCGACCGAGGAAGAGGAGCCUUCUAAACAGAGAGAAAAGAGUGAGUCUGAGAAUGUGGAGGAGAGUGAGGAGCCCUUCGUUGCCCCUUCGGGACUGAAUGUGCCGCCUGACGUGGAGCUGCCGCCCACGGCCAAAAUGCAUGCCAUCAUCGAGCGCACUGCCCGCUUCGUGUGCAGACAGGGGGCGCAGUUUGAAAUCAUGCUGAAAGCCAGGCAGGCCCGGAACUCUCAAUUCGACUUCCUGCGCUUUGACCACUACCUCAACCCCUACUACAAGUUCAUCCAGAAGGCCAUGAAAGAGGGGCGCUACCCGGUGCUGGCCGAGAGCAAAAGUGAUGAGAAGCAGAAGUCGGGGGUCAGCUCUGACGAGGACGAUGACGACGAGGGAGAUGGGAGUUACCUGCACCCGUCUCUCUUCGCUGCCAAGAAGUGUGACCGCCUGGAGGAGCUGAUGAAGCCUUUGAAGGUGGUGGACCCAGAUCAUCCCCUUGCCAUGCUGGUCCGAAAAGCCCAGGCCGACAGUCCGGCCCCCACCCCUCCCUCGGCAGAUGGCACAGCUGGGCAGCCCUCCCAGGUGGAGUUCACCUCUGACUCGACGGUGGCUGCCAUGUACUACAGCUACUACAUGCUCCCGGACGGCACCUACUGCCUGGCACCUCCCCCCCCGGGCGUCGACGUGGCCACCUACUAUAGCACCCUGCCAGCCGCGGUGGCUGUGUCCAGCACUGCCGGAGUGACAGCCACUGCCCCGCCACCUCCCGGGACCACGCCACCUCCGCCCCCCACCACUGCGGAGACGAGUAGCGGGGUGACCUCUACCACCAUCACCACAAGUGCUCUUGCUCCCGUGGCCGCCAUCAUCCCCCCGCCCCCUGACAUCCAGCCCGUGAUAGACAAGCUGGCUGAGUACGUGGCCAGGAACGGCCUCAAGUUUGAGACCAGCGUUCGUGCCAAGAAUGAUCAGAGGUUUGAGUUCCUCCAGCCCUGGCACCAGUACAACGCCUACUAUGAGUUCAAGAAGCAGUUCUUCCUGCAGAAGGAAGGGGGCGAUGGCGCUCAGGCUGCGUCCGCACCAGAGGAGGCUCCUGCAGAGUCUGCUCCUGACAAACCAAGUGACCUGGGGGAGGAAGGCGUGGCUGAGGACCCGGCCGACACGGGAGGAAGAGGCAGCUCAGGGGGAAAAAAGGAGUCUGCGUCCAGCAAAGCCACCCAGGAUGGGAAGCUUGUGAAAGCUUCAUUUGCUCCAAUAAGCUUUGCAAUCAAGGCCAAAGAAAACGAUCUACUUCCCCUGGAAAAAAACCGCGUUAAGCUAGAUGAUGAUAGUGAUGAUGAUGAAGAGAACAAAGAGGGACAGGAAAGCGCUAGCGCUGCUGCAAACACGGACCCCGUGGUGGCCCCGCCCUGUGUGGUUGUCGAGGAGAAGCGGCCCCAACUCACCCAGGAGGAGCUAGAAGCCAAGCAAGCAAAGCAAAAGCUGGAGGACCGACUGGCAGCUGCUGCCCGGGAAAAGCUGGCCCAGGCGUCCAAGGAAUCGAAGGAGAAGCAGCUUCAGGCAGAGCGGAAGAGGAAAGCUGCCCUGUUUCUACAAACCUUAAAAAACCCUGCGCCAGAUGCGGAGCUUGGGAAAGUCGAGGAGAGUCCCUUCAGCGUGGAGGAAGCCGGCCCUGCGGCCUGUCCUCUCCCAGGCGGGGGCCGACCGCUACCAACUUUAGACAUUAAGGCCCCGGAAGGGCCCCCAGGCAGGAGCAGGGAUGCCCCCCGAGAGGAUGGGAGGGAAAAGAAGAAGAAGAAGCACAGGAGACGCUCCCGGACGCGAUCCCGCUCCCCCCGGCACCGCGCACCCCGGGCCAGGUCUCGGUCCCACUCCAAGGCCAAGCACUCGCUCCCCAGCGCCUACCGGACAGCGCGGCGCUCCAGGUCACGGUCCCGUUCCCCUCGGAGAAGAGCUCACUCUCCCGAGAGACGGAGGGAAGAAAGAAGCGUACCCACCGCCUACCGGGUGAGCAACAGCCCGGGCGUCAGCAGGAAGCGGACCCGGUCCAGGAGCCCUCACGAGAAGAAGAAGAAGCGGAGCUCACGGUCGCGGACCAAGUCCAAGGCCGAGUCCCGCUCAGCGUCCCCGAGCAAGCAGGCCCCGCGCCGGCACUCUGCACACUCGGCCAGCAUCUCUCCUGUGGAGAGCCGGGGCUCCAGCCAGGAACGCUCCAGGGGCGUUUCUCAGGAAAAAGAGGGUCAGAUCUCUUCAGCGAUUGUUUCUUCCGUGCAGAGCAAAAUAACUCAGGACCUCAUGGCCAAAGUCAGAGCGAUGCUCGCCGCUUCCAAAAACAUGCAGACCAGUGCCUCCUGAGACGUGGCUGGCGGCUGGGGUGUGGCGCCCACCUCUGCACGGACCCCACGGAGCGCCGUCCAGGCUCUUGGACGUCCGUGGACAGUGGUGGUUUUGUAAAUUCAUUUUUGAUGACAUUUUCGGUUUAAGAUUUUUGACCAGCAGUCUCUUACCUGUAUAUUUGUAGAUAAUAUCAUGUUUCUGUGAAAAUGUAUUAUCAAAUAAAAUGGGAAGAAAACACCUUUUCUAGCUA